CAUCGUCUGAGAGUCAGAUUGUGUGGAAGACAUUGCCUUCACCUCCAUCUUCAAGAUGAAGACCUUCGUGGGCGGCAGCUCGGUGAUUGCCGUCCUUCUGUUGUUCAUCUGCCGAACUGCUUCGGCCGAUACGGUGCUCGAUGAACCAGUGGGCUACGAAGGCGCCUCAGAAGGGGGAGGCCUGGACGGCACCGUGGACGGCAUUCUGGACCACAUGCGCAGCGUUCUCGACGGUACGGUGAGGGCGGUCUCCAGGGAGGUGGUCACCGGCAUGAGUCAGAGACUCUCUGAAGCACAGAGCCAGUGUCUCACACAGACUGAGCAGAUCGCUCAGUUGGCCAGUCAGCUGAACAGUCUGCAGUCCAGACUGGACGCUGGACUGGACGCCCAGACCUCCGCUCUGGCUGCGCACAAUGAGACUGUCACAGAGCAGAUGGUCGAGCUACGAUCAACGCUGGCGUCUCAGGGUACCCAGCUCUCGGAACAAAGCGCUCAGCUCUCGGAACAGAGUGCUGAACUGGCCAGACUUGGGUCCGGUUUGACCGAAGGGCUCGCUGAUGUCGCCGAAGGUCUGGCAGCUCACACCGCACAGCUGAGCGCCCUCCAGAGCCAGGUGGGAAGGGUGACAGCGGCUCCGCUGAGGGACUGCAGUGACCUGCCUGCGGGAGCCAGCAGCGGCGUGCACAUCCUGUACCCGGGCCUGGACCGGCCGGUGGCCGCCCUCUGUGACCUGGACGGGGACGACGGCGGCUGGACCGUCAUCCAGCGGCGCGACGACAUCCAGCCCAGACAGAACUUCUACCUCGACUGGCACCACUACAAGUGGGGCUUCGGCGAGCUGGACGGCGAGUUCUGGUGGGGUCUGGAGCGGCUCUGGGGACUAACCUCCCAGCUGGACCGGCGCUACGAGAUCCGGAUAGAUAUGGAGGAUUUCGAUGGCGAGAAGCGGCACGCCAUCUACCAGGGCUUCCUUAUCGCGCCCGAGGCGGACAACUACCGACUGACCGCCGUCAACUACACGGGCGACGCCGGUGACAAUUUUACCGGUCACAGUGGCCACCCGUUCUCCACCAAAGACAGAGACAACGAUACGUACGGCACCAGCUGCGCCCAGAAAUUCCACGGAGCCUGGUGGUACACCAAGUGCCACGCCUCCAAUCUCAACGGGAAGUACCUGGCCGGGAAGCACACCAGCUAUGCCGACGGAGUCAACUGGUCCGCAUGGAGGGGGUAUCAUUACUCCCUGAAAACGGUCACCAUGAAAAUCCGCCCCACUAAGAAAUUGUAAAUGCAGUCCAGUAUUCCCUAUCAUGUCAAAUAAAUAUGUUUACAG